AUAGUUUAGAUGAACCUAGAGAUCGAGUAACUGGUUUUUUAUGCGUGUCUUUGGGUAACUUCUAAUGGAAUAUGGAAGUCCAGGCGUUGACUGAUCCUGACUUAUUGUCAGUACAACCUGCAGGCAAUCCAGAGGGAUCAUCUAGUUCAUCUCCAGGCAAUCCAGGGGGAUCAUCUAGUUCAUCUCCAAGCAAUCCCAAGGGAUCAUCUAGUUCAGCAGAAUUGAUCACUUCGAUCAAUAUCUCCUCUGCAGAUUCAGGUUUGCCAACAACUCUAUCCUCUGAACCUGAACCUGACAAUGUUAGAAUAGUCUCUAGACCUAGUAGUAGGAUGUCGGGAAGAGCUGAACCGUCCCGUCGCGUAUCCCGCCACACAGAGGACGACAUUGAUACCCGUCCUUCAAGUGGAGUUGGAACACCAAGAUCAUUGUCAAGACAAUCAAGUACUUCCGGAGCAGACUCACAAACUUCUUCAGGUUUUAAGAGAAGAAACUAUGGAUCUGUUAGAUUUCACACAGAUGGUGUUACUAGAUUAAAGAUAGAAGAUCAGUGUGAAGAGGUUGACCCUGAACCUGGAACUCCUCUUCUACAUGGGAACCUGGAGCCAAGAGAACCAUGGACUCAAUCACAGACUUAUCAAACUCUCUCAGAUCUUUCGCAUCCGUCCACCACAGCAUCCGGUUUAACUCAAGGUCCUUCAGGAGUCAUAAAUACGUCUUCACAUGAUGCAAUCAUUCACCUGCCGUACCCUUCUCCUCCCCUGGCCACCAGGUCCGUUGACCAGCCUGACACUGUUCUCCAGGUUGGAGAGGAACCUGGAGAUAUCAACGGCGUGGUGAAACCUGAUAAUGUUAUUAUCCCAGAGCUAACAUUUAUUCCAGGUAAAUACACCAGUUUAAAGGGAAGAAUGGGAAUCCGACUUUUAGAUUCAAGUUAUGACUUUAAAUAG